GGAGUUGUUAUUGUUGUUGUUGUUGUUGUUUUUCCUUUCUGCUUAUGUUGUCUUUUAACCUCUGUUGGAAUCAGCCACUUAGAACAGUGAGCAGUUCGUUGCUGAAGGCAAAUGCGAGCUUUCUGUGUGCCACUCUGAUUUGACAGAGGCUGGCCAAGGGCAGAUCUCAGCACACGUUUCUGUUAAAGCACCGCUUGUAUGAAGCUUUGUGCACCGAACACAACCCAUAAACCCCAACGGCCUCUGUCUGGCCCGGUAGAAGCUCUGCCAGGGCUGUAGCUCUUGUUCCUCUCUCCAUGAGGCAGGAGGGGGGGAGGGGCGGGGGUCUUCUCUUCUCUUCACACGGCUGUGCAGCUUGCUUCUGCAGAGUGUGGAAGAGGUGACAUUUUGGUCCCAGUUUCUGACCACUACAAGCAAGAGAGAGUCAAGUCCAGUUUCCAUUCCAUUUCCAAAGAGCCAGCCAGGUUUGGGGAGGGAAAUAGCUUCAAGUCACCUCAUCCGCCGUGACAGGAUCGAUGAAGGAUCGAUGCUUCUGCUCCACAGGCCCAUGGAGCCCGUGUUGCACCCUCGGCUUCACAGCCAGGUUCUCUGUCACUGUCAGGCUCAGUCUGGUGAUAACUGGGCACCUGAUUUGUUAGCUUGGGCUGAGUAAACAAAAUUUAAACAGGAGACCAGCACCCCUGAAACAUAUGUGACUGACUCUGUUCAUAAGACAAAAUGCUGCUUUUUUGUGGGGGGAUUUUUUUUAAUUGCUUCUCAUUAAAAAAAAAAAAAUUCUAUCAUACAAGACCUGGCUCUUCGGAAUAAGCUGGUACACGUUUCCCACCGUCCUGUGUGUACCUCUCAGCAUGCAUUGGCUUUCCCCAAGUCAGCUGGUCUUUGGGUCCUCAAGACUAUCUUGUCCCACCUGGGGAUGGUGAGGAGCCACAGAAAAGUUAGUGACCGCUCCAGCAAAGGACGGCACACAGGAGGCAUGUGUAAGUCACAGCAGUGCCCACUCCAACGUGCUGGAAGCUGACCGCUCCAGCUUGGGAAGUGUCAGCAAGGCUGGUUCCUCUGGGAUCUGAGGGAGAGUCCGUUCUAACCUGACUUCCGUUAGUCCUUCCCACUCCCUAGCUAGUAUGGCUGCCGCCUGAUCCUGUCGUCCAUGCCCUGUCUGUUUCUUGUAAGGACACUGCCAUUUGAAUCAAGGAUGUUCCCAUUGCAAGUUCUUUACCUAAUAUCUGCCAAGGAUCUUUUGUUUAAAUCAAGUGGUAGUCUCAGGAUCCUGGCCCUGGGUGGCUGGGCAGGCUGCCAGGAAGACACCUUGAGUCACUGUUCCAUAUAGACACACAACCAGGCACAAACAUAUACACAAAGACAUGGAUAGACACACUGGAAAGCAUGUGUGCACACGCAGGCCCAUCUGGGUGUCAUUAACUGUUAUCUGUGUCUCAGGGUUAGGGACAUCCAGCUGUAAACCCCCACACCACACUGACCUUGUAGUGAACGGAAUUUCCUGCUUGCUCUUUGACCUUAAACCAAAUACACGUUUCUCCUCUGUGACUGUCAGCACUUUUUCCCCCCGUUCUGUGUAAAUGUUUAGCUUUUAAGGAGUCUGGGAUUACUGGAGGGUCAAAGGUGAUUUCAUAACCAUGGAACAGCCUGGCCCUUGCCUCCUAUCCUGCCUGGAGCUAUUCACUUCCUUCCUGGUAUGUUGUGGUGGGGACACAGGGCAUCCCUGCUCCAUCUACUCUUUGUACUCGUGCCCUGGACCGACACCAAGACUUAAACACCAGUGUGGACCGCAGCCAGAGCUGAUGCCAGAAGACAGAGGUACCAGGUGGAAGGACUUAAAGUGGUGGAGAUCGAAAAAUGCAAGAGUGACAUUAAAAAGAUGCGGGAGGAGUUGGCAGCUAGGAACAGCAGGACCAACUGUCCAUGUAAAUACAGUUUUUUGGAUAACAAGAAGUUGACACCUCGACGUGAUGUCCCCACUUACCCCAAGUACCUGCUCUCCCCAGAGACCAUCGAAGCCCUACGGAAGCCCACCUUUGAUGUCUGGCUUUGGGAACCCAACGAGAUGCUGAGCUGUUUAGAACAUAUGUACCACGACCUUGGUCUGGUCAGGGACUUCAGCAUCAACCCAAUCACGCUCCGCAGGUGGCUGCUCUGUGUGCAUGACAACUACAGGAACAACCCCUUCCACAACUUCCGGCACUGCUUCUGUGUGACACAGAUGAUGUACAGUAUGGUCUGGCUCUGUGGCCUCCAGGAGAAGUUUUCCCAGAUGGACAUCUUGGUCCUGAUGACUGCAGCCAUCUGCCAUGACCUGGACCACCCAGGGUACAACAAUACAUACCAGAUCAAUGCCCGCACGGAACUCGCUGUGCGCUACAACGACAUCUCACCGCUGGAGAACCACCACUGCGCCAUUGCCUUCCAGAUCCUGGCAAGACCUGAGUGCAACAUCUUCGCCAGUGUGCCACCCGAGGGCUUCAGGCAGAUCAGGCAGGGGAUGAUCACAUUGAUCCUGGCUACCGACAUGGCAAGGCAUGCUGAAAUUAUGGAUUCUUUCAAAGAAAAGAUGGAGAAUUUUGACUACAGCAACGAGGAGCACCUGACCCUGCUGAAGAUGAUUCUCAUAAAAUGCUGUGAUAUCUCCAAUGAAGUCCGUCCCAUGGAGGUGGCAGAACCGUGGGUGGACUGUUUACUGGAAGAAUAUUUUAUGCAGAGUGACCGUGAGAAGUCCGAAGGCCUUCCUGUGGCCCCAUUCAUGGACCGAGACAAAGUGACCAAAGCAACAGCCCAAAUUGGGUUCAUCAAGUUUGUCCUGAUCCCAAUGUUUGAAACAGUGACCAAGCUCUUCCCCGUUGUUGAGGAGACCAUGCUGCGGCCGCUCUGGGAGUCCCGAGAACACUACGAGGAGCUGAAGCAGCUGGACGAUGCCAUGAAGGAGGUAAAGGCAGUGCAGAGGGUGCAGGCAGUUGCAGAAGAAGACAGAGAGCUUAACAUCUGGGGCCCCGGAAAACACCACAGAGAAGAACAGAGAUGCAAAAGACAGUGAAGGCCAUUCUCCUCCAAACUGAUGGACAUCUCAAUGUGUGCACAGACUGUACCAGUUAGAGCAGAUGAAUUGUGGCCUGUGAGUGGACAGAGCCAAGCGAGGCUUCCCAGGAUCUUCCACACAAGGAUGGUCACGCCCAGACGACCCCUGAUGACCUGCUACAGACCAUGUUUUCUAAGAACCAUUUUGUUCACUGAUAUAAAAACAGGAAUUCACGAUGCUGUACAGAAUUUUUAUUUUUAAACUGUCUUUUAAAUAAUAUAUUCUUAUACAGAAAUGGGUCUGUAUUUUUUUUCUUUGGGUUUUGGACUCGGGCUUCCAAGAACUCUGGUUUUCCCCUUGGAUGAAUCUUCAUGUGGAUGAACCGUGGGAUGGGAUGUGAGGGAUCAUGUAAAUUCCACAUUAAAUGUCAGAACGGUGCCCGA